AGAAAAUAUUGAAGAAGCUAUAAAGGAUGCUUUUAUGUAAACAGAUAAUGUUUGGAAAGAUGAAAGUUCUAAAUUUUUUGCCUGAUGAAAAAGACCUUGCUUUCUAAGUACAAUGAUAGUAGUACUGCAGUAGUAACUGUGAUAACUCCAAACAAAAUUGUCUAUGUUGGAAAUCUUGGAAAUUCACGUGCUGUUAUGAGCAAUUUUGAUAGAGAAUCUCAAAGAAUAAUCAUUCAAGCAGGAAGAAACCCAGAAAAUUAUAAUGUAUCCGUUCUUUUGAUGACUUUAAAGUGAAGCGUGUAAGAAUAAUCCUG